GAAGGGCUGGUGAGGGGCUCUUUCCUGAUAGGACCUUUUUCAGCUGCCCAUUAGCAGAAGAGCAAGAGAACUUUGGAUGUCAACACCUACCACAUUCUUGAGACCGGCCAACAGACCACAAACAGCAGCUCUCUUCUUGUCUGGCCUUCACAUCCCUCCCAAUGGAAGCAGAAACUGGGAGCAGCAGGGAGACUGGGAAAUCGGCCAGCAAAGGCACUCGGAUCGCCCUGGUGGUGUUCAUAGGUAGCACCCUGGUGCUGGGCACCAUCCUCUUUCUAGUGAGUCAAGGUUUCUUAAGUCUCCAAGCUAAACAGGAGUACUGCCUGAAGCCAGAAUGCAUCGAAGCUGCUGCUGCCAUCUUGAGUAAAGUAAAUCCGUCUGUGGACCCUUGUCAUAAUUUCUUCCGGUUUGCUUGUGAUGGCUGGAUAAACAGCAAUCCGAUUCCUGAAGAUAUGCCAAGCUAUGGGGUUUAUCCUUGGCUGAGACAUAAUGUGGACCUCAAGUUGAAGGCACUUUUGGAGAAAUCAAUCAGUAGAAGGCGGGACACCGAAGCCAUACAGAAAGCCAAAAUCCUUUAUUCAUCUUGCAUGAAUGAGAAAGCGAUCGAAAAGGCAGAUGCCAAGCCAUUGCUACACAUCCUGCGGCAUUCACCUUUUCGCUGGCCUGUGCUCGAGUCUAAUAUUGGUCCAGAAGGGGUUUGGUCAGAGAGAAAGUUCAGCCUUCUUCAGACACUUGCAACGUUUCGUGGUCAAUACAGCAAUUCUGUAUUUAUCCGUUUGUAUGUGUCCCCUGAUGACAAGGCAUCCAAUGAACACAUCUUGAAGCUGGACCAAGCAACGCUCUCCCUAGCUGUGAGGGAAGACUACCUUGACAAUAGCACAGAAGCCAAAUCUUAUCGGGAGGCCCUUUACAAGUUCAUGGUGGAUACUGCCGUACUUUUGGGUGCUAAUAGCUCCCGAGCAGAGCAUGACAUGAAGUCAGUGCUUAGACUGGAAAUUAAGAUAGCUGAGAUAAUGAUUCCACAUGAAAACCGAACCAGCGAGGCCAUGUACAACAAAAUGAACAUUUCCCAACUGAGUGCUAUGAUUCCCCAGUUUGACUGGCUGGGCUACAUCAAGAAGGUCAUCGAUACCAGACUCUACCCUGACCUGAAGGACAUUGGCCCCUCAGAGAACGUGGUGGUUCGUGUCCCGCAGUACUUUAAGGAUCUGUUUAGGAUAUUAGGCUCUGAGAGGAAGAAGACCAUUGCCAACUAUUUGGUGUGGAGGAUGGUUUAUUCCAGAAUUCCAAACCUUAGCAGGCGCUUUCAGUAUAGGUGGCUGGAAUUCUCAAGGGUAAUACAGGGGACGACAACUUUGUUGCCUCAAUGGGACAAAUGUGUAAACUUUAUCGAAAGUGCCCUCCCUUAUGUUGUUGGGAAAAUGUUUGUGGAUGUGCACUUCCAGGAAGAUAAGAAGGAGAUGAUGGAAGAAAUGAUUGAGGGUGUUCGCUGGGCCUUUAUUGACAUGCUGGAGAAGGAAAAUGAGUGGAUGGAUGCAGGAACCAAAAAGAAAGCCAAAGAAAAGGCAAGAGCAGUUUUGUCCAAAGUUGGCUAUCCUGAGUUUAUAAUGAAUGAUACUUAUGUUAAUGAAGACCUCAAAGCAAUCAAGUUUUCAGAAUCUGACUACUUUGGCAACGUCCUGCAAACUCGCAAGUAUUUAGCACAGUCUGAUUUCUUCUGGCUGAGGAAAGCUGUUCCAAAAACAGAGUGGUUUACAAAUCCAACGACUGUCAAUGCUUUCUAUAGUGCAUCCACCAACCAAAUCCGAUUUCCAGCAGGAGAGCUCCAGAAGCCUUUCUUCUGGGGAACAGAAUAUCCGAGAUCUUUGAGUUAUGGUGCUAUAGGAGUAAUUGUUGGACACGAAUUUACACAUGGAUUUGAUAAUAAUGGUAGAAAAUAUGAUAAAAAUGGAAACCUGGAUCCCUGGUGGUCUCUGGACUCCGAAGAAAAGUUUAAGGAAAAAACAAAGUGCAUGGUUAACCAGUAUAGCAACUAUUACUGGAAGAAAGCUGGCCUAAAUGUAAAAGGGAAGAGGACCCUGGGAGAAAAUAUUGCCGAUAAUGGAGGUCUGCGGGAAGCUUUUAGGGCUUAUAGGAAAUGGAUAAAUGACAAGAGGCAGGGAGUUGAGGAGCCUCUGCUACCAGGUAUCACAUUCACCAAUAACCAGCUCUUCUUCCUGAGUUAUGCUCAUGUCAGGUGCAAUUCCUACAGACCGGAAGCUGCCCGAGAACAAGUCCAAAUUGGUGCUCACAGCCCUCCUGAGUUUAGGGUCAAUGGUGCAAUUAGCAACUUUGAAGAAUUCCAGAAAGCUUUUAACUGUCCAUCCAAUUCCACGAUGAACAGAGGCACGGACUCCUGCAGACUCUGGUAGCUGGACUGCUGGUGUAUGCCAUCCUGAGAGUUGUACAGCACCAAUAGAGGCUGCACUGAGCAUGCACCGCCUACUGCGUUAGGCCUGUAUUCCCCCGAGGUCCUUUAUUUUUAAUGCAUCUUCAUUAUUUGAGUAUUGCUUGGAUCUAAACAGUAUCUUUUCAAAGUCAUAAGGCUUAAAAAAAUGGAAUGCAAGAAGUGAACCAAGCAUGUUUCUUUAAAAAUACCAAACCAACAAAAAUCUCUAGGAUACUUACUUGUGUUAAAACGCUAUCUGCUGAACUAUUGCAAUUGUCCAUUUUAGUGUGUCAGCCACAGCUAAGUGGUAUAUAACAUUUUAAUCUCCAGAUUUGCAGGGGCCUAAGUAGAAUGUAUCCAGAAAAAAAUUCUCUCUUUUAAACUUUUAACCCUAAACGAAGAGGACAUGUUCCUGGAUAUCUGGGAAGUUCUCCUGCUCUGUGAAAUGCGUUACUAGAUUUUAUGUAUUGUCAUUACCCAGCAUUUAUUAAAUCUUAGGUAAUUACAUUAGAAAUAUGUUAUAUCUUCAUUUUGUAAUUGUUGAUGACGUUCUUGACUUUAGCUUUGGAAUCUAUUGGGAUGAAAAUGGCCUCACAGCUUGUAUCUGAUGUAGCCGAUUGCCCUGUUCAAGUCAGCAUGAACAAGGCUGGGAGAAAGGCUACUUGGUAAAGGACUUGAGUUAUCAAAUAGGAAAAAAAGGAUACAUUUUUAAGUCCCAGAAGAAGUCAAAACUCUUACUCAUGUAACAGCAGGGACACUAGGAGAUGAAAUCUCCAAAAUUUGAUGUAGUCUGCUCAAACCUCAGUGAUUAUGUCUGUCUGCCAGACACUUUUCUUUAGUCCAAUUGCUGUUUGUCUUGUUACCCUCCUAUAUGUGCAUUUUCCUGUUUCUUAAACUAGUGGUCACCGAAUAAAUGCUGUUUGAAUUUCCAUUAGGAACAGAUCGCUUUCAUCCCAUUUUAGUACAAAGGGCCAAACACUACAUUGUGAAGGGCGCAAAGUACGCUUCUGUUGGGGCUCAAUUAAUGUUAGCUCUUACUUAAAAAACCUUUUUGAAAAAUUUCUUGAUUGAAGUCAUUUUCUAAUCUAUUGAUUAAAUGUAAAAGUCUUUGCAUACUUCAAAUAAACAUAAUUUUUAUGCUUCAA